AUGCUGCUGCAGUCAAGACGAGAUAAAAUCACUCCAUCAGUGGUGGUGCCUCUACUGUCACUGGCAUUAGACAGCUCCAGAAAAGGCCGUAAUUACACAACUCAAGCUCUGGUAAUUACCCUACAGUGGCCCAAAUUACCCCAUUCUCAGGGCGAUUACAGCCCACAGGGAGGAGCCUGACUUUAAAAAGCCCUCCAUAUAUGAUUGAAGGGGGUGGGGGUGAUGUAAGCAGGACAAAUGUGGCCCUUUCAUCAGGUGACAUGGAGAAAUGGCAGAAAUAAGCAGGUAAAAGGAAACAAAAGUCCUCUCUUGAUCUUAAACCACAGACUCUAUGAGGGAGUAUAAAGGGCAGCAGUACACAGCUGUUUGGAUUAAAGCUUGGCUGUAAAGACUACAACUGCAACAAAACAACAUGACUGAAAGCUGGAUCUGACAUCUAAGAGCUUGAAACUUUGCCAAAGGUGACAGUCUAUGGCUCCAUCAUACAGUGUUCAAGAGUGUAUCUUACACAGAUCAGCGCAUCCGUUUUCUGUCUCAGCAUUUUUGGAACAAGAAGGGCCAUGCUGCCCUGAGCAUAUCGCUCUCUCCUUCCCCCCCUGAGGACAUGCUGACUGGAGGAGGGAUCGAUGCUCCGCUCCAACAGACACUGGUGUGUCGAUUCAGCACCUGGGCCACAGAGAUGAGGCAGUGGAGAGAGAAGAAAGGGACAUCUCAACUAACUCUGAAGAACUUGUGGCAUCUUUUGUGAAGGUGAGUCAUUUUUGUGCUUGCAGGGACCCUUGGGAGCGCUGUACACUGGCUGAUGUCCUUUGGUGGAACACUGCAGUAAGGUGAGCCAGUGCAGAUAAUAUGCUGCACCACGAAGAUAAAUGACCAAAGCACAAGUCCUCAAGUUUAAAUUUGUUUAGUUUGUUUUUUGCACCUCUAAAAAUAGAACAUACUGACAAAUAUAGAGAAUGUUUAGUGUUUGCAGACCAUCUGCACAUUUAAUUAUCAGAUAGUAUCCUCUUAUGCUCUUGUAUUGGGUUUUUAAUGAGGUAUACUACAGUAAAAAGUGCCUCCUGGGAAUAUUAACCACCAGCAACAGCAAAAACUGCAGCUUGGUUUGAGGUCCUAUAAAACUAAUGAGAUGGUUACCCUUCAGUUUGACUUGUUCAGGACAAUGCAAUGUCUCAUUAUUCUUUCAUAAUAAAUCGGUCAAAUUAGCGAGAAAAAAAUACUUUUAAAAAAUUCGUUGCAUUUUUCGUAGCUCCAGCCUUGACCACAGACCACCUCUACAGAUUGUGUAUUUACACUUAAGUCUUCAGCUGUGAAGACAAAAGAUUCAGAGCUUCCACUACUGGCUGGCUGCAGUACAGCUAAUAAACCCCGCUUUCCUCAUGUUUCCUCAUGUCAUGUUAGUUCUUAAUAUUAGGACCCUUAUUGUUAUAACUGCAUUUUGCACUUUUUGUCUUGUCUGUGAUGCUGCUGUGACAAAAAAAUUUCUCCCAUGGGGGAUCAAUAAAGGAAUAUUCUAUUCUAUUCUAUUCUAUUCUAUUAAAGGGAUAUUCCGGUGUAAAAUUAAGUUAGGGUCAAACACACCGUAACACCGAGUUAGACACCCCCUCCAGAGAUGAAUGUUGCCGACUCUAGUUAUACCAACUUUAGUAACGGCCACACGCUAGCAAUACACAGCAGUCUAUCACUCCACACGCAAAUCUUAACCAAAAAGCCACUCUUUAGCCACAAACAAUGCUCAGAGCAGCACCUAACUUCAUCAACAGCACAUAUAGGGUUCCCAGCCACAGCACUAGCCACCAAACAUCUGCCUGGAGCCUGGAGCCUGGAUCUAAAGUUAAAUACAUCAAAAACAAUCUCAAACAUGGUCCCUGUAGCUAGAUCUUAGACUGCUAAUUAAUGUCAAUGUUUUCUGCUUCAGAUCAACACAAAUGUGUAAAUGCGUGUUUUGGUUGGCACCGUGACUCUACUAGCUAGGUCCCCUCUGUGCAUGCCUUUGCUACUCAAUUGAAUCACGUCAGUGCCAGUCCAGGCAGUUUUUUGGCUUCACAAUGAAGUAAGUUAUUUGGUCACCAGUUGAUGAAGUCAGGCUCGAGUGUUUAGAAUCUGUCAAUGGCACACCAAUAUCAUAAAUAGCAAUUUCAGUCCACGAGGAGCUAUUAUUUCAAGGGGUCCAGUGUUAAAAACUGUUGAGGUAUCACUGGAUUUUUCUUUAACUGCACUGAAUCGGGUGCACGCCCAAAGCCUUGCAGCCAUAAUGGGAAUCUGUUUUGUCAAAGCAACGGAACAACGUCAUUAGCAUACAUUUGGCAUUAUUCAUAAGUGUGCUUGAGGAUCAGACUGGGACAUCUGCUAUGUGUUGAGUGAGUGAGGAGGGCCAUUUGAGUGAGCGUGCUGAGGACCCUGAUUGAUGUCGCUCGCAGCGCAGAGUCCCGGCGGUCCCAUUAGCAGCUACAGUCUGCAUUACUUUCACCCUCUGCAGCCGUGAUGGAGGGCUGCCCCGCCACCACAGUCAUCAGUAACCUGCCCUGUCUAUGAAACGACACGCAGGGACAAAUGAAUCGAACACAGCACUUCCCAAAUGUACACUGGAGGAAACCAUAUAUACACCAUUCUGUAGUGCAGCCCACAGCUCUUGUGAAAUGGCUCCCAUUUCUGGCGGCGCAUUUGGCAUCCAUCAAAUUCAAGAUCACCUUUCAUGGCUGCUGUUGCCUUUGUGGCCAUAACAACUCACCUGAGAUCAAUAAAAGAGGAAUACCACUGGAUUACUUGAAAAUAUUUACUUGACAACACAAUUUCAUGUUAUGUAAAAGCAGAAUCUUGUUGCUUUGUUUUGCUAGAAUGGUCCAGAUGCUACAUUUUAUUACUUCCCUUUUCCAUUCAGUGAGUAAUAAUAUUGGCGGCAUUCGCAGGUGCAACACAGAUAUCAUCUCUCAUGUGGCGCUUCAAAGGUCACUUUUACAUACAUGUUCCUGCUCCACAAGAGUCUGCUAUCCUUGACAACAAAAGUUCUGUGGAGGAGGGAUACGUCAGAGUUGAACAUUCCAAUUUGGCAAUUCCCAUGGCCUCUGGCAUGUAUGAAUUACCCACAAAGCCCUGCGGACCAUGCCAUAUGUCAUACUAGCGCUCUUAAACUGGAAUCAAAUGUCCCCGGCUUUUAAGCAGCUCUGUUUUUAACUAUACUCGAGACAACACAGUCAAACAAAAGGCUUCUUGUACCCUCAAGUAGUUCGUCCCUCAACCCCAAAACAAUUAGCUUCAGACAUGACAACAGCACUCUGAUGUAUUUGCAGAAAAAUAAUUUACCCUCACAAUCUAAUUACUCUGAUCCCUGCAGCCCCAAAAGGCUUCCAACUCACAAUGGAGCUGUUUGUAGAGAGCUGAGUGGGGAUUUUAGCUGACAUGAUUGUGAUGAAUAUGUAACUCAAGCAAGACAAACAAGCAUGGAUAUUUAGGAUUCUAUAAUAAUUGAAUUAAGACCUGACAAGACCUGUCUUGUUCUUGGGAAUUAUUCAGAUGCUCCAGUUGUUUGAUAUACAACUACAUGACUUUGAGCACAUGUGCAUAUUUUCUGCAUCUUUACAUCUGCAGCCAGGAGUACAUGAUAGAUUACAUUAAGGUUAGUUGUGCAAGACAACAAACCUCAUUAUGUGACUGCAUGUGCAUGUGGACAUUAGAAGCAAUUACUGUCUUUAUGACACAGAUGACUUCAUGAGAAUCAUUAGAAGCGGAGUUGAAUCAGUGGAACUCUGCUUACUAACAUCAAAGCAGAAACUGGAAUGUUUGUUAUGGAGCGGCUGAUGAUAAUCUGAACUCCACAGGACUUCACUGUGGAAGCUCAAAAGGCCACUGAAGUCAUGCCAUUCAUGCUGUUUGCAUGUCUUGGAUGAAAUUGCACGCCCUGUCUUUCAUGCUCGCUCCAAUUUUCCUGCAUCCCCUUAAAUGUAAGAGCGUUGCAGAAGGAAGAAAGAAAGGACAGACUUUCUUAUAGAUUUAGAUCAUUAAUAUAAUCAAAAUACGGAGGUCGAUGCUCUGUGCAAACAUACAUUUUGAAAUGGACAUUAAAUUUGAGUGCCCUACUUUUCUUUUCUUAGGCGAGGCUCCUGAAAACACAACUGUGAAGGUUCAUCGCUACCAUCACUACCUCUCAAGUUCAGCCAAAGGCCGCCAGCAAAAACACUAAUUCCACAAAGAGGAACAUGGCAACUUUAAGCCUCCCUUCAACACUAUUACAAAUCCGCUCUGACAAUGCUCCUGACAGCCUCCCUCUCUCUCAGCCCUGGCUUCUGUCGGACCACAUAGAGAAAGCAGCAGCAGCAGCAUUGGUAGUGGUGUCAGUAAUGAGAAUGGAUGGCAGCUUGGUUACACAGGCUCAGCCUCAUUGAUCACACGGCUGCGAAGAGUGAUGAAGCUCAGCGCAUGGAGAAAGCAGUGUGCAUGUUCUAAUACUCCUCAAAUCCAUUCUCAUUUGGCCUUAUAUUGAUAACUUCUCCCCUCUAAGCCUUUGUAGUGUUGUGCUGCUGUGCAUGUUGGAGUACAGUGGAGAGUAAACACCAUUUUACAGACAUUGAGCAGGAUCCAUCAUCCAGCAGAAGGCAGAUACAAGUGGAGACAUUUAUGGAUGCAAUUGGGAUUGUUGAAUGUCUGUAUGAGUGUGUGUGUGUAUAUGUUCAAUUGCAGUGAUCACUUCUAACUGUAGGCUUUGUCGAUACAUGCAUUAAGGUCUGCUGUGGGCUGAGGAAUGAAUUAUUUGAUUGAGUUACUUUAACACUCCACUGGCUUGGAGUUCGUCAGCAUCAAUCUCAAUGGCCAUCCCUUGUCACUGACUGAUGCUGAGGUAGCAAAUGUGAGAAUUGCUUUUUGUCAGCUGCCCAUCGGGACUGCAAUGUUUUUAUUUUAAACCAUAAGAAUAACUGAAACAAGUCAAAACACCUCAUAAAGCACUUCCACUUAGCUAAUCGCUUCAUGUCUUUGUCAGAUUUUUUAAGACUUUAACCCUAACCUGUUUGCCAGCUGCAGCUUGACAAUGUGGGAUUUCUUCAAGUGGAGAACUGCUGCUUUGUGCGCUGCUGUCAAACAAAUCAGUCAACUCAGCGAACUGGACAGAUUCAAAGGUCUGGAGCAAGGAAGGGUGACUUCAUCUUGGAUGAGGACUUAUUUCAAUGCAUAUAUGUGGUUGCUUUCCCCACACCAUAAACACACUGUAGUCCUUACUCCAUCUCUGAAGUGGUCGCAUGUGUCGGUGGAGGAUUAUAUUUGAUCCAAAACAAUCACCCUUCACUAUAGUCCCCUUUUUUUCUGUCCUCUCCUCUUGUCCAUGCCUCAUAAAUGUCAUCUCAGUCUGUCUCAGCAUUAAUCUCUAUGAGGCUGGGGCCCACUGACUCUCCAAAACAAACCAGUCUUGUUGAACUGCUCCCCUGCUGAACAGCAGAAGCUUGGCAAGGCUGGAGGAAACAGGGAAGUAUGGACUUGGAGAGGGAGAGAAGGGGUGUCUCUGUCAUUUCUUUCUCUUUUUUAUUGAUGCAGAGGCAGCAGAAGCAACAGUGGGGUCUCCAGUGGGAAAAAUAUCAGCAGCAUUAUGGAGUGGGCUUGAGCCUGCCAUCACUAUCAAUGAGAGGAAGAGGCCUGUCAGAGCGCACAAAGGGGAGAAAGACACAAUCCCAGACAAAGAGUAACAGGAGGGAUGGAGGGAAGGAGAGAGGAGCGGGAGAGAGAGGAAAACAACACAUGAGGAAGCAAGAGAAGGACAAAGAGAAGGAUUAAAAGGCAUUCCAAUUAGAAAUGGAUGGAAAGAGCUAAAGAGAGCACUGAUGAGAGACUUAGAUAAACCACAACAAACAUGCCAGCAAAUUGAAAGAGAUAGAGAGAAGAUAGCAAGGCAGAGAUAGGAGGACAAUGAGAGAAAGACAAAGAAUGAGCAAGAGUGAGCGAAAAACAAAGAGAAAUUAAUUAAUGAUUUUAUAGGAGGAGAAUGGAAAGGAGCAACAGGGGAAAAAAUAGACAAUACGAGACAAAAUUAGAUGAGAGGGAGAGAAACGUCCUGUCACAGUGGCACACCAGAGCCUGCAUGUGGCACCACUUGAUAAGACGCUUCUUUGCCACCUUCCAUGCUGGCACCCAAGUCCUCCCCUCCCCUUCCCUGCCGUCCCCAACCAUCUGUGCCAUACAAACACACCAAGCUGUCCGUCAGAGGCUCUAGCUCACGACCAAGUCGCUUUAGUGACAUCAGCCCCAAGUCCAGCUCCAAAUGACAGAUCUGUGACAUCACCAACCCACAAGUGAAAGGUGUCCAACUGUUUGCGAGCUCCCACUAAGGAGCGUUUGAGUCAUGUGAGCCGAGGACUACUGCACGGAUAGAAAGUGACUUUGCUAAGGACUUUAGAGAAGCCAGUCUACUUCAUGACCCUUAAUUUCCGUUCUCCCUCCAUCUUUCCUUCUCAGACGGCUGCGAACAGCUGUGGGCAUUCGAGUCGGGCUUACACACCACUCAGCAGGGGAGCACCCACCAGCUAGGAAUGACUGACAUGUGACAAAGAGGAGAAAGGCAUGAAAGACGGGGUGGCAAAGUUCAACAUGAAGAUGAAUGGAAAGAAGAAAUCGUCUCACUGAAAAUAAAAAAUAAAAGGUCUUCAGUGUUAUGAAAUAAUGCUUGAA